CCAAGCACAAGCAGCUGCACUGCGAUUCUCAGUCUAGGAAAUCGUUCAGCUGCAAAUACUGUGAAAAGGAGUACGUGAGCCUGGGAGCGCUAAAGAUGCACAUCAGGACCCAUACGUUACCUUGUGUGUGCAAGAUCUGCGGAAAGGCUUUCUCAGACCCUGGUUGUUGCAAGGACACAUCCGAACUCACACAGGAGAAAAGCCCUUCUCAUGCCCACAUUGCAACAGAGCUUUCGCAGACAGGUCAAACUUGAGGGCUCAUUUGCAAACCCAUUCAGAUGUGAAGAAAUAUCAAUGCAAAAGCUGUUCCAAAACUUUUUCCAGAAUGUCCCUACUGCACAAGCACGAGGAGUCUGGCUGCUGCGUAGCACACUG